GCUGGGACAGUGGUCGUGGGCGGCCUCACUGAGUCGCGCCAGCUGAGCGGGCGGAGCCCAGCCCCUCUCUCCUGCCUUCUUGGAGGUUCGGUAAUUCCCCGGCGGCUGUCGACCCCGCUUUCAUGUCCCAGGUGGGCACAGCACCCCGGGACCUCCACGCCCAUGGCCACUAACCUGAGGACGACCACUUUCAACUCCUGUCCUUCCUCGACCGAAACUGACGACGAAGGCGUGCAAGGCACCUGCGAAGAUGCUUCUAUCUGCAAGAGGUUUGCAGUGAGCAUUGGCUACUGGGACGACCCUUACCUCCAGCACCUUGUGAGGCUGUGCAAAGAGAGGAAGGCCCCUGAAAUUAACAGAGGGUACUUCGCUCGAGUCCAAGGCAUCAGUCAGUUCAUAAAGGCAUUCCUACGGAAGACAGAAUGUCACUGUCAGAUUUUAAACCUUGGGGCUGGGAUGGAUACCACCUUCUGGUUAUUAAAGGAUCAAGAUCUUCUCCCAAAUAAAUAUUUUGAAGUUGACUUCCCACUCAUAGUCACGAGAAAGGUGCACAGCAUCAAAUCCAGGCCUCUCCUGUCAAAGCCCAUUUUAGAGUUACAUUCAGAGGACACACUUCAAAGCGAUGGACACAUGUUGGAUUCAAAGAGAUAUGCCAUUAUUGGAGCAGAUCUUCGAGAUUUAGCCACACUGGAAGAGAAAUUAAAGAAAUGUAACAUGAAUACACAGUUGCCGACACUCCUGGUGACCGAGUGUGUGCUGGUCUACAUGACUCCGGAGCAGUCUGCAAACCUAAUCAAGUGGGCAGCCAACAGUUUUGAGACCGCCAUGUUCAUCAGCUACGAACAGGUGAACAUGGAUGACCGGUUUGGGCAGAUCAUGAUCGAAAACCUGCGGAGACGACAGUGUGACCUGGCGGGGGUGGAACCCUGCAAGUCCUUAGAGUCCCAGAAGGAGCGGUUCCUGUCGAACGGGUGGGAGACUGCGUCGGCCAUGAACAUGAUGGAGGUGUACAGCAGGUUACCGCAGACCGAAGUCAGCAGGAUCGAGUCCCUCGAGUUCCUGGACGAGCUGGAGCUCCUGGAGCAGCUCAUGUGCCACUACUGCCUGUGCUGGGCCACCCGCGGGGGCAGCGAGCUAGGUCUGACGGAGAUCACUUGCUAACCUGGUCGACGCAGAAGCUGCAGCCGCCAACCUUCCCGGAGCUGACGUGCGGGGCCCAGAGUGCUGGCCAGGCCGUCUCCGUGCACCCCACCCCCCAGAAAUCGGUUCCUAGGGCUGCCGCUGCACUUCCUCUCCUGUCGGCUUACCAGUUAAAUAAACCUCCGCUGCCA